AUGGCUCAAUGCACCAAGAAGGUUGGAAUUGUGGAUAAAUACGGGACCCGUUAUAGUGCCUCCCUCAGGAAAAUGGUGAAGAAGAUUGAAAUAAGCCUGCACGACAAGUACACUUGCUCCCCCUGUGGCAAAACCAAGAUGAAAAGACGAGCUGUGGGGAUCUGGCAUUGUGAUUCCUGCGUGAAAACCAUAGCUGGUGGCACCUGGACCUACAACACCACUUCUGCAGUCACAGUAAAGUUGGCCGUCGGAAGACUGAAGGAGUUGAAAGACCAGUAUAAGCUCCACCAUUUGAAACAUUGCUAG